AUGAACAAGGCGAAUGCUUUAGAGUGUGCACUUCAUCUGGAAGCCGUAAUUGGAAUUGAGGAAAAAGAAAAAACGCCCCGAAUAACAGCCAUACGGAGGGAUCAGACAGAAAUGCUAACGGACUCGAUGAACAGACUAGUUCAAAAGAUGUCGGUUGGUAAUAAAAACAAACCCAUGGUCGACGAGACAACAAACCCUGGGGAGGAAUGCGACGCAAUGGAAACCGAUAUAGGGAGCGAGUUUCAAGAGAUGGAGCAAGAACUCCAACCUCAGGACCAAAAACGCGAGAAAGAAAUGGCAAUCCGAGAAGGGAAAACCACAAUGACAUAUGUUGACUAUGGGGGCAAAGGGGUCAUUGGGCAAAGAACUGUAGAAUCCACAACAGCCAAGUUAGACUCAAUCCUACGGCUUCGCAAGACAAUUGGAGACAAGGAAAUGAACAAGGCGAAUGCUUUAGAGUGCGCACUUCAUCUGGAAGCCGUAAUUGGAAUUGAGGAAAAAGAACAAACGCCCCGAAUAACAGCCAUACGGAGGGAUCAGACAGAAAUGCUAACGGACUCGAUGAACAGACCAGUUCAGAAGAUGUCGGUUGGUAAUAAAAAUAAACCCAUGGUCGACGAGACAACAACCCCUGGGGAGGAAUGCGACGCAAUGGAAACCGAUAUAGGGAGCAAGUUUCAAGAGAUGGAGCAAGAACUCCAACCUCAGGACCAAAAACGCGAGAAAAAAAUGGCAAUCCGAGAAGGGAAAACCACAAUGACAUAUGUUGACUAUGUGGGCAAAGGGGUCAUUGGGCAAAGAACUGUAGAAUCCACAACAGCCAAGUUAGACUCAAUCCUACGGUUUCGCAAGACAAUUGGAGACAAGGAAAUGAACAAGGCGAAUGCUUUAGAGUGCGCACUUCAUCUGGGAGCCGUAAUUGGAAUUGAGGAAAAAGAACAAACGCCCCGAAUAACAGCCAUACGGAGGGAUCAGACAGAAAUGCUAACGGACUCGAUGAACAGACCAGUUCAGAAGAUGUCGGUUGGUAAUAAAAAUAAACCCAUGGUCGACGAGACAACAACCCCUGGGGAGGAAUGCGACGCAAUGGAAACCGAUAUACGGAGCAAGUUUCAAGAGAUGGAGCAAGAACUCCAACCUCAGGACCAAAAACGCGAGAAAGAAAUGGCAAUCCGAGAAGGGAAAACCACAAUGACAUAUGUUGACUAUGUGGGCAAAAGGUGCUUCCCGAAGGAAUCCACAACAGCCAAGUUAGACUCAAUCCUACGGCUUCGCAAGACAAUUGGAGACAAGGAAAUGUACAAGGCGAAUGCUUUAGAGUGCGCACUUCAUCUGGAAGCCGUAAUUGGAAUUGAGGAAAAAGAACAAACGCCCCGAAUAACAGCCAUACGGAGGGAUCAGACAGAAAUGCUAACGGACUCGAUGAACAGACUAGUUCAAAAGAUGUCGGUUGGUAAUAAAAACAAACCCAUGGUCGACGAGACAACAACCCCUGGGGAGGAAUGCGACGCAAUGGAAACCGAUAUAGGGAGCAAGUUUCAAGAGAUGGAGCAAGAACUCCAACCUCAGGACCAAAAACGCGAGAAAGAAAUGGCAAUCCGAGAAGGGAAAACCACAAUGACAUAUGUUGACUAUGUGGGCAAAGGGGUCAUUGGGCAAAGAACUGUAUACGAAACAUCGGACAGCACUACCUAUCUCAGCGGAAACAACGACUGGUGUCCGAACGUUUGCAAUAGCAGAGAAGAAUGCAAGAUUCCCAAGCAGACAAGAAAACUAGUAGAAAUCUUCAUCAAGGAUGAAAAGGGUACAGCCCUCAGCAACCCAGAAGGUUUAAAUGAAGGCAUACAGGAACUCAAAGAAAAAACCGGACUACUGGUAGCUGAUUCACUUACAAGUGUAAGCCAAGGGAAAAGUUGCUUGAAUGUACUGAACAUGCGAUAUGAAGCUAUUAACAUAUACCAUGACAGCAACACUGCUCCUUAUACCAAUUUGACACAUCAGAUUCAAUGCUUCCCAAAGGAAUCCACAACAGCCAAGUUAGACUCAAUCCUACGGCUUCGCAAGACAAUUGGAGACAAGGAAAUGAACAAGGCGAAUGCUUUAGAGUGCGCACUUCAUCUGGAAGCCGUAAUUGGAAUUGAGGAAAAAGAACAAACGCCCCGAAUAACAGCCAUACGGAGGGAUCAGACAGAAAUGCUAACGGACUCGAUGAACAGACCAGUUCAGAAGAUGUCGGUUGGUAAUAAAAAUAAACCCAUGGUCGACGAGACAACAACCCCUGGGGAGAAAUGCGACGCAAUGGAAACCGAUAUAGGGAGCAAGUUUCAAGAGAUGGAGCAAGAACUCCAACCUCAGGACCAAAAACGCGAGAAAGAAAUGGCAAUCCGAGAAGGGAAAACCACAAUGACAUAUGUUGACUAUGUGGGCAAAGGGGUCAUUGGGCAAAGAACUGUAGUAAUUGUUUUACUGGUGGAAAACCUAUCCACGUUAAGCGAAAAUGCCCUAAGAAUAAAAGGACGGAACGAACCAACGUGA